UUUUGUUUUUUUUUUUUCCUUACAUUUACACAAGGUUUUCAGCCUUUUCUAGAACUUUUCCCCCACUUGUUUGUCCUUGGUUUUAGAGGCUCCUGUCAUAAUUUUUUUCUUUCCGUCCUUGAAAUAACUAGUUAAUUUUUUAACUUAAUCAAGCUAUUUGGAUUUUUGCAUCUUCAUUCCAUUUUGAAUGGAUACCUGAAUAGAUCACUGUAUUUCUUAUCUCUGCACCUCAAAAGGGACAUGCAUAUUUAGGACUAACUACAGGACUAGCAAAAUGCCUAAUCUUGAACAUCCAGCGUACCCAGCAGCUGACCUGCUUCACUUGGAAAGUUUGGUGCCUUGUCGAGAAUCCCAGGUGUCCAUGUUGCUGUCAAUAUUUGGCGAGAGACAGCAGUUUAGUUUUCCAUGCAUCUUUAUCUAUGGACACACAGCUAGUGGAAAGACAUAUGUUAUGCAAACUCUUCUAACUACCUUACAGCUUCCUCAUGUGUUUGUGAACUGUGUGGAAUGCUUUACAUCACGACUUCUGCUAGAAGAAAUUCUCAUCCAGCUGCAAAGCUGUUCGUCUGGCACAGAGCAGACCUCUCCUGUGCGUUGUGAUACUUUGAAUGACUUUGUUCGUCUCUUUAAACAAGCUGUGGACAGUCAGGAGGUUCAACAUCAAACAUUAUACAUUGUUCUGGAUAGAGCAGAACAGCUAAGGGAAAUGGAAGCAAACAUCCUGCCAGCGUUUCUUAGGCUUCAAGAGUUGACUGACAGAAAUGUGACAGUUGUUCUGCUCAGUGAAAUAGUGUGGGAACUGUUCCGUCCAAACAUGGGAUGCUUUGAGCCAUUCACCAUGUAUUUUCCAGAUUACAGCAUAGGACAUCUGCAGAAGAUCUUGUCUCAGAAUCAUCCCCCAGAAUAUUCUGCAGAUUUCUAUGCUGCAUAUAUCAAUAUUUUGCUUGGUGUCUUCUACAUGGUCUGUAGAGACUUGAAAGAACUUCGGCAUCUGGCAGCGCUCAAUUUUGCUAAAUACUGUGAACCAGUGGUCAGAGGGGAAGCAAAUGAACGCGACACCCGCAAACUCUGGAAAAAUAUUGAACCUCAUUUGAAGAAGGCAAUGCAGACUGUUUAUCUCCGGGAAAUAUCCAGCUCACAGUGGGAGCGUUUGCAGCAUGAUGGUGGAGAGGCUGGGCAAUUGAAAGGACUUUCUGCACAUACCCAUGUGGAACUUCCUUAUUACUCAAAAUUUCUUCUAAUAGCUGCCUACCUUGCCUCCUACAAUCCUGUUAGGACAGAUAAAAGAUUUUUUCUUAAGCAUCAUGGGAAAAUUAAAAAGACCAACUUCAUGAAGAAGCAUGAGAAGACCAGCAAUCACCUGCUUGGGCCAAAGCCAUUUCCCCUGGACAGAUUGUUAGCAAUACUGUAUAGUAUUGUGGACAACAGAGUUGCUCCAACUGCAAAUAUAUUUUCGCAGAUCACCUCCCUUGUGACGCUGCAGCUGCUGUCUGUGGUUGGCCAGAAUGACCAGCUUGAUGGACCACGAUACAAAUGUACUGUAUCUCUGGACUUCAUCAGAGCUAUUGCCCGGACCGUGAACUUCGACAUAAUAAAGUACUUGUACGAUUUCUUGUGAAAACAAGCUUCACAGCCAUAUGGACACUGUGACAAUGACUAAGGCAAGCUGUGUUCAUCUCUUUACUUGGCUGGCCAGAAAGAAGAGUAUUUUGGCUCUUUUGGAUUUGUCCAAACAGGUGCUGGCCCAGCAUGGAACCUGAUGAAAAUACUCUGAUUGGUCUGGGUGGAUCUGAGCAGAGGACUAUUUACCAGGGACCCUGGAGUAUUUGGAAGCAAUGUGUUAAUUAUAAACAGCAGGGUUUGAGCACAAUCUGUUCUAGUCUUAAUGAUGUUAUCUUAACACUGAAAUUGCCUGAAACCCAUUUACUUAGGACUGCAUUUUGCUCUAUGAACUCUCCCCAGUGCUUUGAACAUGGCAGCAGCCGUUGUUUGUAUGCCCAGUCUUUUCACUUCCUCUCCACAGGAAUCUUUGCAGUUGCCUGCCAAAGCAGCUUUUCCCGAGGCCACCAUUUUAGGAGAGUGGAAUAGCAAAGUAUAAUAAACAUAAGAACAUAUUUUAAAAUCCAGCUGGUACAAAUUCUUCUUUCUGUUCAGUAGUAUGUAGGCAGACUGUUACCCUGUUAUAUGGAGAUCACGAUGGUAGGAAACUCCCAAUUAGUCACCAUAUUGUCUUUUUCAGACCAUUCAUAAAUAUUGACUGCGAAUGUAUUUUUACGAACCUCUGUUUAAAAAAAAUAAUUGAUUCUUAAACUUCUAUCCCUAUGUCAAACUUGAAAUGUUUUAUUUUUGCUUCAAAAUUCUAUAGUUCUUUCAUGCUCAUCCAGUUACAGGAAGUGAUAAUUAUAGUGCCUUGUGGAAUGGACCUACUUUUAACAUGCACACAACGUAAUGGCUUUUGCAACACCUCUGUCCUGCAGAGGAGGAUGGCACAGCUGUCUUUUUAUCAGGAAGGGAGAAAUUCAACAGGUGACAGAGUCUUUCUGCAGCAAUUCCCAAAAGUAGUGGAACAGUGAAUAACCGAUGUGGUAUUGUAACAUAAAACUUUGUCCUUGGAAAUACCUGAUGGAAUACACUACAAUUGCAGAUUACAAAUAGGAGAUACGCAAUUUAUGGAGCAUGAAAAUCCCCUAGUCCAGUUGGAGGUAAUUGUAUUCAUGAAUCUGAAGAUAUCAGUAACCCUCUUGAAAACUCCAGGUCCCACAGCCUGUUACUUGGAUGUUUUACUCUUCAGUGCUCACCUUUGACUGUUUGAGAGUAAAAGACCAUGCCACAUUCUAAGUUGAACAUUAUGGGCUUUUUUUCAGGGAAAAAUCAUGAGUCUUCCCCCCUUGCUCUUAUAUUAGAAAUUAUCAAAUACUCUGAACAUGUGUUCUUGUGUUCUGUUUAUUCUUCUUUAUUUUUUUUCUUUUUUAUUUCUUUCUUAGUUUUUGUUUUCUACUUUUGUUGUUUUUUUUUUUUUUUCCCCAAUUGUGGAUCUGUAGCCAUACUUCUGGAUUCAGACCCAAGUGACAAAAGCAUCCUUCUGGCCAAGCUCUGGCUUCCUCCCUCCCUCAGGGGAGUGUGAAAGGGCAGCAAUGAGUCAUCUCCGUGAUGUGUUUUCCUUCCUACCGCUGAGCUGGAUCAAACCCUGCACCUGUCCAUGAGGUGGCAACAUUUGUCACACUUACUGAAGUGCUUGCAUGUAAAUAUAUAGCCUGUUUCAAAAUGUUUAAUACCUGCUUUUGGUUUUACUUAUAAAAAUGUCCAUAAAGUGAACUUUGGGCUAAAUUUUACAGUGCCUUUCUAUCUUAGGGCUAGUGCUGGGCUGAGCUAGGCUCUUGUGGAUCUCCUGUAUGACUACCUGGGGCUGCAUUUUGUAGUGGAAAGAAGUUUUGAGGUAUUUAUUUGUCAGCUAGUCCCUUUAAAAGAGUAGCAGUAGUAAUUUCUGAUCUGGAUUAGAAUUUGAUAUAUGAAACAUGAUGGGGCUGAUACUGAUUUGUUAAGGGCUACAAAACUUGAGUCACAAAAUUUCAUUUUCAGUGACCCCAGUCAUUCCCACCAAAUAGACCAGACCCUCAAAACACUUCAGCUCCAAAGUUGGAGCACAAAUUAGAUAUAAAAUAAAGGUCCUAGAAAUUAAGCAGUGAGAAAACUUGGUGCUGCUGAUAUUUUUUUCAGUCUAAUUUCUUCUAUAUUAGCCUUAUGAGUACUGGUGAUUAUUUCCAGUGUAAUCCAAAGGAUAAGGAAACUAAUUUUUGUGGAAUGUAGUUAAUUUGACUGAAAUGAGGUUAACUAGAGAAGGAGUAGUAACUGAGGAUUCAUUAGACACAGCCACUCUCCUUACUUUGAAGGCACUUUUUUGACCUUUGUGAAAGACUCCUAUCAGUGAAAUAAAAGUUAAAGCUGAAUCAGCAGAGUAUGAGAAUGAACAAGGUGACUGAAGUGCAAAUGAUUGAUGUAGGCUAUAACUAGGCUGAUGAUGAAUAGUAGGAUUUAUUCUGACAAACUAGAAAUAUUUCUAUAUAGCCAUGUCAAUGAGUUUAUAAAUUACUGCUGAGUUUCUUACUAGAUACCUUAGCAAUAUUCUGUUCUAAGACCCCGUUUUCAUGGAUGAGGCUUCUUUUAGCCUCCCCUGGGCCAGGAUUUCACCUCUUCUACAGGUGGUUUUGAGAACUGUACAAACAAUGUAGAUCAAGAUAGUUUAACUAAUCAGAAAACCUUCAGUACCUUAGUGCUGCAGUAUGUAUUUGAAAAAUAGCCGAUUUUUUUCAUAAUUCCUGAGUCACAAAGCAUUAGAAUACUGAAAAAAAUUACAGACUUACAGUGCUUUUCUCCAGUGGCUGAUCCAAACAUUAACAGGGGCUGGAGCUUGUUCUUACAAGGAUAAAGCAAUGGAAAAAGAAAUGCAGCUAUCAUACCGCAGUUGCAAAGAGAUUAGUACCCUUGAAUAGCUCUGGCUUCAUCAACAGGUGCAUUUUCAUGCACAUAACAUGGAGAUUUUAUUUGUUAAGAAGGCUUGCAAGGCUGCAUCAGCAUGUAAUGAAUUAGUUGAUUCAUUCUUUUUGGACAGUGAUUUGUCUUACUUUGGUUAUCUCAGAACCUGCUGCUUCUACUGUAACAGUUCCUGUAGAUAUUGACACUUUUGGGAUGAGAUAAAGAAAUACAUUGUUUAUUUCAGUUCCUUCUGAGUUCUGAUGCUUCUGUACACUGUGUAAAAACACAUUCAUUCUUGCCAUUGGUAACAUUUUUCCAGUAUCCACCAAGUAUUAUUUGGACAAGGCCCAUCAGGUACUAUGUUUUCUUCUCAUAACUGGAACAGCCAGCCAUGCCAGGAGAAGAGUGUGAAGGACAGGAUUUCCAGCAGGAAUAUAGGUGAUAUGACAUGUCUGUGACCCAUGGGCAAAAUGUACCCAGUUAAGUAUCUCAGGAUUAGGUAUUCCCUCUGCACUUGUACUGGCUGAGAUGGCAGGAAGAGUGAGAAAUGGCAGGUUCUUGAGGGCUGCCUGGAGGUUGGUGUACUGUGUGUUCUGGUCAGUCCAGACUGUUGGGGAACAGGAGAUGUACUCCAUUCAGAAGUAAAUCCUACCAGAGGUGAAGUAACUUCUCCAGUUUUCUGAAUGACAGAAUGGCAUAACUUAGAAAAGAACCUCAUAAUGGCUGGUAAAUAUGCAUUGGGAUAAAGAUACAGCUUGAUUAGCAAGUCUAAUCAUAGACAAUACAAGAUUUUUAUGUGUUUGUAGAUACUGGAAUGGCUUCACUAGAAAAUUGAAUGGGAGAUUAAUAGCAAAACAGUGUGUUUUUUAUCUCAGCUUCAUUGUGGGAUCUUUUGCUAUGAACAAGCGGAUUCAGAUGAAUUGUACAAUACUCAGAUAAGGGUAACUUUUUGAUACUUUAUCUUUGUGCAUGUUUAUUAAAACCAUUUAAAGAAUAAAUCUGAAAACAGUACAGAAAUUGUGUAUGCCAGAAAAAUUGAAACUCCAGAAGUACAAUUACAAUGACCAUAUUUAUGUUUUCCUGAAAACUUAUGUCUUUAAAAAGCCACAGCUCAGUGGCAGUGUCUAUGCAAAACAACAAACAGAAAAAUACCAUACUGCUUGUUAUUGGACAUGAGCAGUAUAUCAUCCAUGUAUUUGAAUAGCCAAGUAUUCACCCAGGUGUCUGAUAUCAAGGAGCUCAGAAGGAUGGUAUUAAAGUAGGACCAACACUGGGCAGUCAAGCAGCUCGUGGAUGGAGGUGUUUCCAUGCUGUUGAACAAGUGAAUGUCUGACUGUAAGCAGGGAGUCUUGGAGUGGGAACAUGAUGUCCAAAGUAUCACCAGUAGACUUAAUGUUUGAAGUGUUGUACUUAGUACUUAGAGCCUCUCCUCCUCUGCCAGUGAGCAAUACCCCAUUUUUCCAAAGCAGAAGUAAUAUCCCUAACUCUUCUUUCAUUUGGUUCAAACUACAUUUGGUAAUAAAUCAUUUCCACUGGUCUGUUGCAGUUGCCAAAAAGGAUUUUUUAUACAGCUCUUCCAAGGGAAUUACCACCAACAGGCAGCAAAGUACUAAAAGAAAAUACCCUCCUGUUUGGGUAGGCAGCUGGACAGCUCCAGUAGGGAAACAGGCUGGGCUUUCCUUUGAGAUGAAGUUGUGAUGAACUUGCCCUUUUGACAGCUUUGAUGUUUUGAAGUAUCUAGAGCUCUGCCAGACUUCUGUAUUGCUCUGUUUCUUCCUGUACCCUCCCACUGCAAUUGUGUGAUAUUUUUUGGAAUGGUUCUUGCAGAGAUCUGCACCAGAAGCACAGCGGACUUCUGGGCUUGACGUCCCACAGGGGAUGCUGCUGUGGGCUGUCUGUGCCCCUGUGGUGCAGGUGUGCAUUAUUCAAUUAACCUGUUGACUCAUACUGCCUUCUGUCCUGACAAGACUUGUUUGGGUAUUUGGAGAGGUAUCUGUUAUGUACUUGAGGGCAGGUGUUUGGCUUCAGCAAGGUCAUUUUCCAAAACCUUCCUGCAAUAUUUUGAACUAUUAGCGCUGUACUGGUGUUCGUAUUUCAUAUUUGUUCCAUUUUGAUGAAAUGCUGAUGAAAAGCCCAUGUCAAGUCUCAGACUGAUGUAUUAAAUGUGCUUUUUCUUAAGCAGCACAGUAAAGGUGCAGCUUUGCCUAAAUUCAUUCAGCACAUAUGUUCCAUUUUCCUGGCAGACAGAUUUUCUAGAGAACAGGAUUUCUAAUAUGCAAAUACUUUCUUGUCUUUAUUUGAUUCUUGUUCAGGGAAAUACGUGCUGAACAUUAUUUCAUGUACCUUCUUCAGAUAGUUGAGUUCAGAGGAAUGAAAGAGGGCUGGGAGGGCUGGGAAAUUGAGCUUUGCUAACAGGCUUUCUUGGAGCCUGUACAUUGGAAUAUUCAGCCUAUACAUUCAGCAGCUGAGCACUUCCUGUGUCUUCAUGUAGGUAAUGAGGGUUUUCACAUAGGCACCUCCUAAAUCCAAGUCAGAGAAUAGUUGUGAAAAGAGAAUAGCCAAGAGUGACAUAAGUAACCUCUCAUUAGAACAACCUUGCCAGAUGAGGGAGCAUGUUUCUACAAAAUCCAGCAAAAGAGUCAUCAUCUCUCCACCUGAGAGAUGGUGAUGGAGAACAAAGUUGUUUACCACUCUGUUGGCAAAAGGCUUGAUUAUAUUCUCACUGUUUGCAUCAUUUCUCUUUGGUUGAAGAGUUUGUACAUUAUUUAUGACGGUGCUGUUUCUCCCUCUACCCUGUUUCCAUCAGUACAAUUCCAGCUGUGGUUUUUUUUUCCUCUGCCAUUGCACCCAGUGCACUGAGAGUUCCCACCUGGGCCAGCAGUUUGUGUGGGGAAGUGAGUACCCUGCUCUGUGAUGCCACCCUGGAGGCCAGCCCUGGUGUUGCCAUCCUAAAGCAACUCAACAUCUCAGGCUUGGGAUUGCAACUGCAGAGAGUGGUUGUUUUGUCUUGCCGGGUAUAGGAACUUCAGCAACACCCCUGAAAGACGUGAUGUGAAUAAGCAAAAACAUCUACAAGGGAGGCAAAUUAUGUUAUUCGUGUGCAAUUACAGCAGUUCCUGAAUUCCAGCUGCAUGGCUGAAUGAAUACCCAUCCCAUUUCCUCACAUUUACAUUUUUAUGCUGUUUUUGAUUAUUUCUUAAGGAUGUAAAUCAUUAGGCAACAGCAAAUAACUGGGAGUUCUGCUCAAACUUUCUGAGAACAGUGUCAUGUUGAGGUUUGGGAAUUUCAGAGAAAAUGAGGAGAGCAACCAAAGACAAGUACACGAUUUCUCCAGUGAUGUAAACAAACCUGUAGCUCCUGCCUCCCAGGGAGGGGAGCUUCCUCUCUGUCAGCACAGGCUCUUUCACUUGACUGAGCCUGGAGCUGGGGCAUGUGCAGGAACCUUAAGUAACUUCUGCAAUGCUACUCUUCACUUCAAGCAAGAUAGAACAUGUCUGGAGCUAUCAGUAAAGAGAUGUGUUUAUGUAUCCUGAGUGUUUUGCUUCUCAGUGGCUUAGAGUCCUUUACAAAAAUCUUAUCUAAUGUCCAGAGUGUCAGAGGGGUCUCUUUGAUUGAUUAUAGGAAAAGCAAAUAUGAUGGUUGUGCAAAUAAUUAGAGUUACUUUCUGCAAAAUAAUUUGUCCUCAGCAAUGCCUCUGUUGUUCACCAUCCAGUUUAUUCUUUUAAAGUAAGACCGCUGAAGAGACUGAAGCUGAUCCCUCUGAUCCAUUUGGGAUGUCUUUGCAGAAAUAAGUAAUCUCAUUCCAAAAACGUGGGGAAGCAGGGGAUUAGACUGGAAAUUCAAACUGCUCUGUAUUGCUAGCCCUCAUACUAUAGGAGUCAGAAGUCCUGAUUUCAGAAUGCUACAUAAAUAUGUGUCUGGUUUAUAUUUUCCUCAGAUGGUACAACUUCAUCAAUUUUUGGUAUGGAAGACAAUUAGAUACGUGAUAUGGGGCAGCUGUUUUCCAUCAGUAACUAAAGAGGGGCUCAUCCAUCAGGAAAGACAGCGCUGUCUUUGCAUGUUCACAGCUGAAGGGACCAUAGUGGAGGAAGUCAGGUGCUAUUAACUUCCUGGGGAAGUGAGGAUGGUGAAAGAGCACAAGUAAGAUCAGGAAUAUCAAAUUAUAUUCUCAGUAAGAUAUGGAUCACCAAAAGUUUCUGAUGCUCCAAGGUCUGUGACUAUGGGCUGCCUUUAGAGUAGUAGGAUUCUCUUUGGGGGUGUCAUCUUUGAUGUUCCACAAACUACUGAACCAGUCAGAGGAGAGAAAGGGAGGACACCUUUUCCUGCCUUUGUGCCAAGCUGCUGCUGUCGUGCUUUUCAGCUGAGAAGGACUCAAAAGUUUGGAGCACCUGGGAACAUGUGUUUGGACACAGAGGUCUAGAAUGGUUAAAUGGAUCACUGUGUGGAACAGGUCUACUCUUCAGCUUGUUUAAAUCACAGAAGAGAACCAGUCUCAACAGGGAUUGGGCUAAUCCUUUUUCCUGUUUGUGUCAAACGGUCCUCGCUCAUUAAAAACUGAAAUUUCUUUUUGGUUGAAACGAGUAAGUCAGCAUGGGCUGCUUACUCAGUUCCAACUCUGACUGCUGAGAAAGUCAUUCUUUUAUUUUUAGCAGGUUAAGAAACAUCAUUUAUGCUAACAUUUCUUUCUUUUGAAUUCUUUUCCACAGAUACCUUCUAGAAAUCUUUGGAUGUUCGAUAUGUUACUAUAGAUAUAUAGUAAAAUUUUGACAGCUUUCUUACUGCUCAAAACCUGAGGUUCCCUACAGAGAUCUUUUCUUCACUGUAGCCUUAUUGCCAAGUUGUCAGAGCAUUAAUUAAACUAGAAGAAUAAGGCAUUGCAUGUAAUUUCCUAUACUGGAUGCCUUCAUGUCAGGGACAUAUCUCCAUGGUAAGAACCUGUAUAUAAACAAAAAAUAAGCCUGGCAAUAGUACAAAAGCUCAUACAGGCUUUUAAGUGAGAAACAUGGCAAAAGAAAAUAGAGAGUUUAAAGCAAUUAUUUCUUGGGAAAAUGAAAACUACUGAAUACUGCAGUCAUUAAGAACAAAUGUGAUGAUUUUGUUUGGCUAUUUGGAAUAUUCCAGUGCUACUUUUAAUCUCCAUAUUUUAGGUACUGGCUUAAAUCUAGAAAGUUUUCUUAUUCUAAACCCCCUCUCAUUUAUUAUAGGUAGACUUACCCUUCCUUAGUGGGAUUAUGGAUUCUCUGUACAAGCACAUAAAAUUAUGUAUAGUAAAACUUUAUCCUGUAUAAACUGCUAAUAAUUUGCAUACUUUUCAUUUUGCUGCAUGGAUCAAAAUGUCUUGAUAUACUAUACAUCACAUCUCAGUUUGAUAUGCAUUUACUCUGCCAUUUAGAAGGCAAAAAUACAGCACACAUGUUGAUGUUUUUCCUGCAAUAAAAUGAAUAGAUGCU